GAUAGAGUACACCAAAGUGGUACUGGCGUGUUAAAACUUGUACAGAUUUGCUUUAUGCUCUGCUUUAAUUACAGAAGGAAGUGCUAGAAAUCAUCUACAGACUAAACAGCGACAUGAAGACUUGUUUUCUCGUCGUAGCUGCCAUUGUGGCCCAUGUCUCCAUGGUAACAGGGUGUAGCUGUGUUCCUAGUGAUCAUCAAGCCAAAUACUGUCAAUCUGAUUACGUGGUUAUUGCCAGAGUUAUUGAUUUAACUUACGAAGAAGGAGAUCGGAUUUACAAUGUGGAUGUUCAGUAUGUUUACAAAGGAAAUGUCACGAAGGGACGUGUAAAAGUUCGUACAACCGCUUCCGGUUCUAUGUGUGGCGUAUCUCUAAGGGAAAAUGCUGUGUAUCUUCUGAAUGGUGAAUUUUUCAAACGUCAAAUGUGGAUCAGUAGCUGCGGCACAAUAUCCUUCUAUCCGGUGAACCACCCCAACACAUUUUUUAUGUUCAAUCCCUACUACGACUGCAGAUGCAAGGUGAAAAAUAUCUUACUGGGGGAAAAAGACAAAAAACCCAAAUGGGUCUGCGCCCUAGGAAACGCAAUACAAUGCCCUCCGGAGUUUGGCACAAUGGCGGAGUGUCGGUAUGACAAAGACAAAGAUGACUGUGACUGGGCGUGUUAAGUCCUAUUACCAGUGAACGAUGAUAAAUAAACUGAAUACGUAGAUAACAAAUAAUAUAUAUAUAUAUAUAUAUAUAUAAAAUAAUUUUAUUGAGGAGUUUGUGGUUUUAGACAUUUAAAAUAUCGGAUUUAGAUGAAAUCUACAUGUAAAAUGUAAUUUCUUUUAAUUUGUGUAUUUCAUUGUUUUGCACUGUAGUUUUGUUGCCAGGAUAUUAGAAGCAAAGGCAUUCUUACAGAAAACUUACUACUGUUCAACUUCAGAUUUAUUCUUUUGUUUUCUUUCUUUAUAUUUUGGAAAAUUCAAAUCAAAUACUUAGUACAUUGAGAUGUUUUAUUUAUAUUGCAAAAUGUAACAUUUCUGUAAAUAUUAUAAUUUUCUUCCCUUCCAACCUGUCCUUGUUAUUUCUGUCAGUACAGAUAAUCAUAUUUUAAUCAACAUUGAUAUUGAUUUGAUUUGAUUCAAUUAAUGAGAAGUGUGCAGCUUUCAUUCAUUCUUCAUUUCCUCAUUACAUGAGAUUAUUGCAUGUGAACAAAUUAUACAAAAUUACACAGGAUUAGAAAGAAAUAAAUCAAAAAAAAUAACUAAGUAGACCGUCCAUUCAAUAAAAAGGACACAAGAUAUGAGUUGGCAAUUAGUUGCCCCCCACUGGCAUAUGUUGAUGCAUGACGCGGUAGCAUUGGGCAGAAGCAUCCCGUAAAAGUUGAUAGUUUCUAAACUUGAGAACUUCAACAUCAUAGACGUCUAUCUUUGUUCUUGGAGAGCGACCUAACAGGAUAAUAUAAAGGUCUUCAUCGGUGAGAGCACAUAGUUCAGCAGAUAGUUCGAUACAGAAACUAUUAACUAUGUCAUUCCACCAGUUGUUACGGAUGCUGAGAGUGGUCACGCAGGAACAGGUAACAUGAACAAAAAGGUCACUAAAUGUUGCGCCACAGAGGCGACAGAUAUCCAUGAAGUCUAGCGGACAAUCAGAGAGAAGUUUGCAUAUGAACUUGCACAAGCAGAUCUCAUAACAGUUCUUAAGAGUUCCCCAGAAGGAAUAUGGAUCGUUCUCACUGAAGAUUGCGAGAAAUCUUGAGAAAUAUGUGUCAUUCACCAUACGACAACGUCUGAGAUCUUUGUGUUUUAUAUUGGUUAUGGAUCUAACAAUGUUCCUCUAAGAUGAUUUGGAAGGGAGAAGCCGUCUGCUACCCACUCGUAGAGGAAUUUAAGAAGAUCAUAUACACACAGUAAGUUGAGGGUAUCUGGAACAAAUCCUCGCUGGCAGUUUCCAAGAUUUACAAAAAAGGAAAAUAACCGGACUAAAAAAAAAAAUCUUUGACAAUGCGUCACAGUCCAUACGACACAGUCGUCCGAAAAACAGGAGUUUUCUUAUUUCUAUUUCCACAUUGAUAGGUAGGACGUUGAAAAGGCUUUCGCAGAUAUCGGAUCUCGUUUGACGUGGAAGAUACUGUGCGGAUUUACUUAUGGAAUGUUGAAAGACAUGAAGGCGUUGAGAAUCUGUUGCUGACAAAUUAUUCCAGAGUUCACAGCCGUACAAUACGGAAGGUAAGACGACGGAUUUAUAAAGACGAACUAAAGUUAAUGGUUUAAGGGAUCCAAUAUCUGUAAGAGCAUAAAAGGAAUCCCUUCCUUUUCUGCAGGCACUAUUUAUCCAGUCCGUUAAAAACAAUUUUUGUUGACAAUAAUACCUAGAUGAUUACAAGAGUCUACACAGGGAACUGGAUCGUCACCUAAAGUCCAAAUAUGGUCUUGGUUAACUUUAUUGCCCUUUGCUCGGAAACGAAUAGUACAAUAUUUGCACGCGUUGACCUUAAACCGCCAUUUUCUCGAGUGCUCAAGUCGAAAUUUUGAAAUCCAAAAAAAAUCCGAAGACGUGUGCAGCUGAAAAAAAUGGAAU